AUGGGAGUCAUGGCUUACUCUUUACUCUUCUGCCUCCUGCUCGCUCAUCUGGGAUUGAAAGCGGUUGGCGCCAGCCUUGACCCCCCGGGAUGGCCGGAUUCCCCUCGAGAGAAGACCCUGAGGGAAAAGCAGCAUGGCCAACAGCUGGCACGAGCCUCUGCCCUGGACCCCUCUACUCCCUGGAGCCACUCCACCGACGGCACCAUCUUGGCACAGAAACUAGCCGAGGAGGUGCCCAUGGACGUGGCCUCUUACCUCUACACCGGGGACUUCCACCAGCUGAAGCGAGCCAACUGCUCCGGGCGCUACGAGUUGGCUGGCCUGCCGGGGAAGUCGACGACCCUAGCUAGCUCCCAUCCCUCCUUGCACGGGGCGCUGGACACUCUGACACACGCCACCAACUUCCUCAACAUGAUGCUGCAGAGCAAUAAGUCUCGGGAGCAGACCGUACAGGAUGACUUACAGUGGUACCAGGCUCUGGUGCGGAGUCUCCUGGAGGGUGAGCCCAGCAUCUCCCGGGCAGCCAUCACCUUCAGCACCGAGUCGCUGUCCACGCCCGCCCCGCAGGUCUUCCUCCAGGCCACCCGCGAGGAGAGUCGCAUCCUGCUCCAGGACCUGUCCUCCUCCGCUCACCACUUGGCCAAUGCCACUCUGGAAACCGAGUGGUUCCACGGGCUUCGGCGAAAGUGGAGGCCCCACUUGCACCGCCGCGGCUCCAAUCAGGGGCCACGGGGCCUGGGUCAUAGCUGGCGGCGUAGGGAUGGACUCGGAGGAGACAGGAGCCACGUCAAGUGGUCUCCACCUUAUCUGGAGUGCGAGAACGGGAGUUACAAGCCGGGGUGGCUGGUCACUCUCUCCGCUGCCUUCUAUGGGCUUCAGCCUAACCUGGUCCCGGAAUUCAGGGGUGUGAUGAAAGUUGAUAUAAGUCUCCAGAAAGUGGACAUUGACCAAUGCUCGAGUGACGGCUGGUUUUCAGGGACUCACAAAUGCCCUCUUAACAACUCAGAGUGUAUGCCAAUCAAAGGCCUAGGAUUCGUGCUUGGGGCCUAUCAGUGCGUCUGCAAAGCAGGAUUCUAUCAUCCCCGUGUCUUCUCAGUGAACAACUUCCAGAGAAGGGGUCCAGAUCACCAUUUUUCAGGAAGCACAAAAGAUGGGCCGGAAGAAGCGUAUGUCUGCCUGCCCUGCAGAGAAGGCUGCCCCUUCUGUGCCGACGACCGCCCGUGCUUUGUCCAGGAAGAUAAGUACCUACGACUCGCUAUCAUCUCCUUCCAAGCCCUGUGUAUGCUGUUGGACUUCGUCAGCAUGCUGGUGGUCUACCACUUUCGCAAAGCAAAGAGCAUCAGAGCAUCCGGCCUCAUCCUGUUGGAAACAAUACUCUUUGGGUCUCUGCUCCUGUACUUUCCGGUUGUUAUUCUGUACUUUGAGCCAAGCACAUUCCGCUGUAUUCUCCUAAGGUGGGUCCGUCUUCUCGGCUUUGCCACUGUUUAUGGAACUGUGACUCUCAAGCUUCACAGGGUUUUGAAGGUGUUUCUCUCAAGAACGGCACAAAGAAUCCCAUACAUGACUGGUGGUAGGGUCAUGAGGAUGCUGGCGGUAAUACUCUUGGUGGUGUUUUGGUUUCUGGUUGGCUGGACUUCUUCUAUGUGUCAGAACUUGGAGAGGGAUAUUUUGCUUGUUGGCCAAGGGCAAACAUCUGAUCACCUCACCUUCAACAUGUGCCUCACGGACCGCUGGGAUUACAUGACAGCAGUUGCUGAAUUUCUAUUCCUCUUGUGGGGCGUUUAUCUCUGCUAUGCAGUGCGAACAGUUCCUUCAGCAUUUCAUGAACCUCGCUACAUGGCUGUCGCCGUACACAAUGAGCUCAUUAUCACGGCUAUAUUCCACACAAUUAGAUUCGUGCUGGCCUCAAGACUUCAGUCUGACUGGAUGCUGAUGCUCUAUUUUGCACACACUCACUUGACGGUGACAGUCACCAUUGGGCUGCUUUUGAUCCCAAAGUUUUCACAUUCAAGCAAUAAUCCCCGAGAUGACAUUGCUACAGAGGCAUAUGAAGAUGAGUUGGACAUGGGUCGUUCUGGAUCCUACUUGAACAGCAGUAUCAACUCAGCCUGGAGUGAACACAGCCUAGAUCCAGAAGACAUACGGGAUGAGCUGAAAAAACUCUAUGCCCAGUUAGAAGUAUACAAGCGCAAGAAAAUGAUCACAAACAACCCCCACCUACAGAAAAAGCGGUGCUCCAAGAAGGGCUUAGGCCGUUCCAUCAUGAGGCGUAUCACCGAGAUCCCAGAGACGGUCAGCAGGCAGUGCUCCAAGGAGGACAAGGAGGGUACAGAUCAUAGUGCGGCUAAGGGAACAGGCCUUGUCCGGAAGAACCCCGCUGAGUCCUCAGGGAACACUGGGAGACCCAAAGAGGAGUCCCUGAAAAAUCGGGUCUUUUCUCUCAAAAAAUCCCAUAGCACGUAUGACCAUGUGAGAGAGCAAACAGAAGAGCCCAGCAGCCUGCCCGCAGAGAGCCAGGAGGAGGAAGCCACAGAAAAUUCGACCUUGGAGUCCCUGUCAAGUAAAAAACUGACACAAAAGCUCAAAGAAGACAUUGAGGCGGAGUCCACAGAGUCCGUGCCUUUGGUGUGCAAGUCAGCUAGCGCUCACAACCUCAGCUCCGAGAAGAAGCCUGGGCACCCGCGCACGUCCAUGUUACAGAAGUCGCUCAGUGUCAUUGCAAGUGCCAAGGAGAAGACGCUCGGGCUGGCUGGAAAAAACCAGACUUUAGCUAUGGAAGACAGAUCUAAGUCUCAGAAACCUCUGCCAAAAGAUAGAGAGUCAAACAGGAAGUACUCAAAUCCGGAUAACACAGACACGAAAGAUUCCAGCCUCCCAAACUCCAAUCAUUUGGAGGAGCAAAGAAAGCCUCAGAAAUCCGGGAUUAUGAAACCGCAGAGGGUCAACCUCCCAACUGCCAAUUCUGACCUGAGCCCCAGUACCAACCAGAUAAAGGACAAUUUUGACAUUGGAGAAGUGUGCCCUUGGGAGGUUUAUGAUCUGACCCCUGGUCCUGUGCCUUCAGAACCAAAAGCUCAAAAACACGUAUCAAUUGCAGCUUCUGAACUGGAACAAAACCCAGUUUCUUCCUUGAAGGAGAAGGCCCACCUCAAGCCUAAGGCAGCUGACGGUCUUCACCAACUUAAUCACAAGAGUUUAGACAAGACAGAGGUGUGCCCCUGGGAGAGCCAAGGUCCGUCCCUUUUGGAAGACGAGAAUCGACUGAUUUCUAAGACUCCAGUUCUACCCGGGAGAGCUAGGGAGGAGAAUGGAAGUCAGCUCUACACAGCCAGUGUGUGUGCUGGGCAAUAUGAAGAACUGCCCCGCAAAGCAUCGAAAGUAGAAAAGGAAAAGCUCAACCAAACGGGAGACCAGGAGAAACAGACAUCUGCUUCUGGGGGCACCAUUCCUGGCUCCUGUAACUCAAGGAAUCACUCCCAGCCACUUUUAACGUCGCGAGCAGAAGUGUGUCCUUGGGAAUUUGAAACCCUAGAUCAACCAAACGCUGAAAAAAGUGUAGCUUUACCCGCCUCCUCCGCUUUAAGUGCAAAUAAGACAGCAGGGUCUCAGAAAUAGGAGGUCUUGGGGGCACUUUCAGAGUGCUGCACCCUGGGAAGAAAAAGGGUCAGCCCCAGUGUGAUAGAAAAUAGACCUGAAAAUCAAAAACUACCAAGAAAUUCUUGUCAGCUUGGGGAAAUACGGCACACUGUGUGGUGAGGUAAAGGCGUGGGCUGGAGAAGGCUGGAAGCAGCUGUG